CGAUACUAUUACUAGCAUCACUGGGCGGCUUCAAUUUCCGCUUCCCUUAUCGGACCCGCGGGCCCCAGUGCGGGGAAGUGGACGCCCCAGGCGAUCCGUGGCUCCAGUUGCCUUUCCGACUCUGCCCUCGAAGGAACAACGUCCUCCAUUCACGUCUAUCAUGCGCAUCCUACCAAGAACAGGUCACAACCAGUCAGCAUGAAAAUACCAACUUAAACCCUGCUGCUCCCGUGCAUAACCCAUCCAACCUUUGCUCCGAUAUCACCACCAUGGCCCCUUCAGCUCUCGUCCCUCGUCCGUCGUCUCCGACAUCCAGCUCAAAGGCAGUGUUGACAGAAUCACUGGUUCUGUCCCCUCCUUUCCCCAAUCCCUCCCUUCAUGUCACAGCAGAUCAUACCCUCAAGUUUGUUCCCGCUCCUGUUCAUGCACCGCGACGAGGUGAGGUUCUUCUUCAGAUUAAAGCCACCGGCAUUUGUGGGUCCGAUAUCCAUUUCUGGAAGACAGGUCGGAUCGGACAGCUGGUCUUCGAGGGAGACUGCAUCAUUGGCCAUGAAGCGGCGGGCGUGGUGUUGAAGUGCGGAGACGGGGUUACACAUCUCCAACUUGGUGACCGAGUUGCGAUUGAACCUGGGGUCCCAUGCGAACAGUGCUUUCUUUGUGACGACGGUCGCUACAAUCUGUGCGAGGACGUCCAAUUUGCGGGCGUCUAUCCCUACGCAGGGACCAUUCAACGGUACAAGGUCCAUCCGGCGAAAUGGUUGCACAAACUGCCCGACAAUAUCUCCUACCUUGAGGGAGCCCUCCUCGAGCCCCUUUCGGUCGUCAUGCGUGGCAUCCAGGUCGCCCAUCUCCAACUGGGUCGUGGCGUGGUCGUUUGCGGUGCUGGGCCUAUUGGACUGAUUGCCCUCGCAGCGGCUCGAGCUUCAGGUGCUCAUCCCGUCGUUAUCACUGAUAUCGAGCCGAAGCGCCUGGCUUUUGCCAAGGAGUUCAUCCCUACAUGUAUCACAUACCAGGUUGACCCGACGCUGGAUGCGGAGUCCAACGCCAAAGCGAUCCGAGCACUUUUCGGACCGGACGAGUACAGCGCUCCUGAAAGGGUGCUCGAAUGCACUGGCGUUGAGAGCAGUGUGUGUACUGCGGCAUUCACGGCUCGACGAGGCGGCACGGUGGUGGUGAUUGGUGUGGGAAAGUCAGUCAUGAACAAUCUCCCAUUCAUGCAUAUUUCCCUGGCAGAGAUCGAUUUGCGGUUUAUCAACCGGUAUCGGGAUACAUGGCCACCAGCGAUUGCGUGUGUCAGCGGGGGAAUACUGGACUUGAAGAAGCUGGUGUCGCAUGUCUUCCCGCUGGAAAAGGCAGUUGACGCGUUGAAUCUGUGUGCAGACCCCAGAAACGGAAGCAUUAAGGUGACCAUCGUGGAUGAGGUGGACGCGACAUUGUAAAUAGUCGACAGCCAAUAGGCCAAGACAAUAUACGACCGUGCU